GUUGAAGGUCGAAGGCACCGUGUUAGAAAAAGUCGUCGAGUGGUUGAACUUCCACAACGAGCACCCAUUGAUGUACCCGGACUUUGUUAUUGGUGACAGAGACAAAAACGCCGACCUCCACCCAUGGGAUGUCAAAUUCUGUGAGUCGCUUGAGAAGGACAUGCUCUUCGAAAUGUUGAAGGCUGCUACUUUCAUGAACAUCGAUAUGCUCGUCGAGGCUACUGCAAAGACAAUUGCUAAAAAUUUGGUCGGAAAGACCGUCGAACAGAUGAGAGCUUACCUCAACGAGGAGAACGAUUAUACCCCUGAGGAAAUCGAAGAGCUCAAGAAGAAGUACGCCGAUUAA